AUGACGAUGGCCGUCCCCUUGUCCACCUUCCCCACCCCGCUGAUCCCGAACACCUUCCAUAUCAGCGUCCCCACCAAUAUCUGCCAUGGAAAAACCAGGUCCUCCUCCCGUUCAGACACAGAAGAGAGAGAAAGAGAAAGUAGAUAUAUAUAUAUAUAUAGACAGAGACAGAGAGACCUGGCAGAUGAGCAUCUGGGUCCCGCCUUCGAGGAAGAGCUUGCGGCGGCCGGCGCGGUCGGCGUAGUAGACGGAGACGAGGGUGGCGAAGACGUUGACGAGGCCGGUGAUGACGGCGGAGAUGAGGGAGGCGUUGUCGCCGAAGCCGAUGGUCUUGAAGAGGACGGGGGCGUAGAACAUGAUGACGUUGAUGCCGGUGAGCUGCUGGAAGAAGGGGAUGAGGACGGCCAUGGUGAGCUGGGGGCGGUACUUCCUCUGCACGAUGUUGGCCCAAGGGUGCUGUACAGAUCGGGACUGGACGCUCGCCACCACCAGGUCCUGGUACUCCGCGUCGACAUCGGUGGUACCGCGGACCUUGCGGAGCAUGUCGCGGGCUUCUUCGUCCCUCCCGCGCUCGAUGAGCGAGUUAGGGGUGUCGGGGAGGAAGAGGGACCCGACGGUGAUGAUCAGCGCCGGCACGGCGGCGCCGGCGAGGCUGAUGCGCCAUCCCCACCCGCCGCUGAUCUUCGAGGUGCCGUAGUUCACCAGGUUCGCCACGAAGAUGCCGAUGGUGAUCAUCAGCUGGAAGCCGAUGUUGAGCGUGCCGCGGUAUCUCGCUGGCGCCAUCUCCGACAGGUACAGCGGCACCGACUGCAGUAGAUUUCCCAAGAUUUUUCAACAAAAUUACCGCUCAAAACGACUGUAAUUAUUUCGCUUGCGCCGUCAAAGUCGCAUUCAAUGAUCCGAAGAUUGUGAAAAUAAUGAAAAUGAAACGCAUUUGCUUUGGGCUGGAAAAAAAAGGACAGCUUUGACUUUAUCGACGCCGCAAGUCAGAGUAACAGCGACAUGAAUUCGAAAAACUCUCCCGCAAAAGAAGUAAACGCACGGCGGGUGUUAUCCAACAUGGGAAACCGGGGAUUAGGAAAAAUAUCUGCCCCCCCGGGCUCCACGAGCCCGCCGAGAAAAGAAACAAAUAUAUAUAUAUAUAUAUAUAGUUUUUUUUUGGCCGGAUUAUCUUUGCUUUCUAGGUUAGAAGGAUCGAUCGGAAGAGAGGGGGAGGAAUUCGGAAAGAAGAACAGAGCAUUUACUCCCGUUUGAUCCGGGGGAAGAGGAGCAGGGGAAAGCAAUGUGGGAGGAUCGUCGGCGGUUUACCUGGUUAGCAAAGCCGACGCCGACGCCGAGGAGGAUGCGCCCAAUGAUGAGCAUGGCGACGUCCUUGGCGGCGCCGUUGAUGGCGGCGCCGGCGAGGAAAGUCACGCCUCCGAAGAGCAUCGAGAUCUUGCGGCCGAAGACGCGGGUAACCGUCGACGCGAAGAAGGAGGCCACCAGCGCCGCCAGGUACAGGGAGGAGGUGAACGCCGUCAGGAGUGGACUGUCGAACUUGCAGUACUGGUUCGUCGACGUGUUCAUCUUCUCCUUCCUGUACACCGACGGGAAGAACUUCUCCAGGAACGAGUCCAUCGACGUCACCCCGCCUGCCAGCCAUUGCAGAGACCAGAUCCCCGAGAUAUCACACACCCACUCCGGAGAUCUCGGACGGGGGAGAGAUAGAACAGAGAGAAGAACUCACCGGAGAUUCCGAUAUCGUAGCCGAAGAUGA